AUGGAAUAUUCAUGUUUGUAUCUUCGCAUUUACCUGGUCUUGUGUUGCUUUAAUCUUAUCAUAUUAACUUACUCAUCCUCUUCUACGUGGCCAUUAUGCCACGAAAAUGAGAGCAAGGCCUUGCUGCAGUUCAAGCACAACUUUGUCAUUGACAAGCUUGCUUCUGUUGACGCUUCUGCUUAUCCAAAACUUGAAUCGUGGAAGCUACUUGAUGGAAAGAGCAACGGUUGCUGCUCAUGGGAUGGUGUCGAGUGUGACCAUGACACCGGUCAUGUGAUCGGCCUCGACCUCAGCAGUAGCUUACUCUAUGGUUCUAUCAACUCCAACAGCAGCCUAUUCACCCUUCUCCACCUUCGUAGCCUAAACCUUGCUGAUAAUAACUUUAAUUGCUCCGAAAUGCCUUCCGAAAUUGGAAAUCUUUCAAGGCUGUCUAGUCUCAAUCUAUCCAACUCUGCAUUUUUUGGUCAGAUUCCUUCAGAAAUCUCCUCUCUUUCCACACUGAUUAUCCUCGAUCUGUCUGCGAAAAUUUUUGGCGGGUUUCCACCUGUUUUGCUUAAAAGAUGUUCGUUGUAUGGUGAAUUUCCAAUGGACAUUUUUCGUCUACCAAAACUGCAGAUUCUUGAUGCAGCUUGGAACGAAAAUCUCACUGGCUCUCUACCUGAAUUUCAAAACAAUAGUCGCCUUGAGGAAUUGAUACUCACGGGCACGGGCUUCUACGGUAAACUCCCAGAUUCAAUUGGUAGACUUGAAUCCUUACGUUAUUUGAGUUUGAGUCAAACUUGUUUAUCUGGGACACUUCCAUCUUCACUUGGGAAUCUAACCCGGCUCACUUUACUGAAACUUCAAUUGUGCAACUUCAAUGGCCAGAUUCCUUCGUCGUUAGCAAACCUAUCACAACUAACUAUGUUAUUAAUUGGCUCUAACAACUUUGACGCAGGGCCACUUCCUUUACCGCCAGGGAAGCUACUCAAACUCACUGUCUUAUCUGCACAAGGAAUAAAUUUACAAGGUGAGAUCCCACUGUCGUUUGCAAACCUUACCCAACUUUCAUAUUUAUUCAUUGGCAGAAACAACCUCAAAGGUAAAAUCCCAUCCUGGUUCAUGAACCUCACCCAAUUAACAUUACUAGGACUUGAAGACAAUAACUUUCAUGGCAUGAUUCCUAGAUCAAUCACUCAACUCAAGCGUCUUGAGCAUUUGAGUCUCUAUUCUAACAGCUUCACUGGUAUAGUGGAGCUAGACAUGUUUAUGAAACUCCCAAACCUGUCGAGUUCCCUAGCAUUCUGA